AUGAAUAUUCUUGGUGAUUUGAAUAAUAUCACAGAUCCUUUAGAUUUCAAAGAUACAAAAGUUCCAAAAUUAUUUGAAAUUGAUUCAUUACUAAGAUGUCAUAUAUGUAAAGAAUUUCUAUCAGCUCCAAUGUUAACAAACUGUGGUCAUACAUUCUGUUCAGUCUGUAUAAGGAAAUACCUAAUCCAUACACCAAAAUGUCCAAUAUGUUCUAAAGAACUUAGAGAAUCAAAUUUAUGUCGAAAUGUACUACUUGAACAAACUGUACUAAGUUAUAAGAAUUUACGUCCUGAUCUAUUGGAAAACUUACAAAUACCCAAAGAGAUACCUCAAAUAUCAAACAGUGAAUCUAAAGAACAAGAUGUGGAAGUUAUAGAGAAUAUAGAUGAUGACGAUGAUGUUGUUAUAAUUGAGGAACCUAAAAAGAGAAAAUCGGAGGCAAAUAAUAUUGGUCAAUUAUUCAAAAAACAAAAAGAGAAACAACCAGGAAAAGAUAAAAGUAGAUGUCCAAUAUGUCAAAAAAUAUUUCAUAGGGAUAUUUUAGAACAAACAACCCAUAUAGAUACAUGCUCACCAAAGUCUGAGCAUGAUUCUUCAUCAUUACCGAACUCAUCAUUAUCACCCUCAUCACCGAAAAAGAAACAAGAUUUACAAACUAGAUCUUCAACAUCAAAUCAAAAUUCACCAGCACCAUCAUCAAUAUCAUUCCAUUUCCAACCAAAAGAACCAACGACAGAUCUUAAAAAGUUAACAAAGUUAGAUUUUUCAUCACUUUCAAAUUCAGCUUUGAAGCAAAGAUUAACAAAAUUAGAACUUCCCGUAACUGGGACAAGAAAUCAAAUGGAGGCAAGAUAUAAUGAAUAUUUAAUAUUAUGGAAUGCAAAUUGUGAUUCAAUAAAUCCUAAAAAUCCUAAAAUUUUAAGGAAAUCAUUAUCUCAGUGGGAAAAUUCUUUAAAAUUUAAAAAUAAUAGUGGUGAUGAUAAACAAUUAGACAAAAAUAGUUGGAAUCAAUUAAUUUCACAAGCAAAGAAAUCUGCUUUGAAAGUUAAAAAAGAUAAUAAAGAUGAAGAAGAUGAUGAAAAGAACGACACUAAUGUUGAUUUAAAGGGUAAUGAUGAAGUACAAGAGACCAAUGAUCCAGAUGAAUCAUUCCCAGAAUUAAAAACAAGUUCUCAAGAACAAUUCUUUAACGCUUAG